CUUGUUUAGAGAGGAGAAUGGCCUUUUAUUAGAAGCCUCUUCACCGCCAACCUGUUCCACCGCCAGCCAGCCAUCUCUCUCUCGAUUGCUCGCUCUCUUUCUCGUAGAUUAAGCUUCACCACGAGUUCCACGAGUGAAAAUUAGUAACUUAUGAAGCUUGAUGGUCGAGAUUCAACCUUCAGUCCUUGGAAACGGCGGCGCUCUGAAUCGAAGGGUGGCCACAUAAUUACCCGCCAUUCAUUUUCCGAGGAGUUUGAUCGAGACAUCUAUGCCAACAUGGACUUGGACAUUGACACCAAAAGAGCUGCGCAGAAGGUUUCAGCAUCUCUCGUUAGUUUGGUGUCUCGUACCGGGAGUGAGCCAUUUUUCAUGGGCUCUGGCACUAUUAUUGAGUCAGAGGAAGUUGAUGGUACACACUUCAGUACCAUCUUAACUUCUGCCAGUCUACUCAGAUCUACUCCUGAGUCAGAUGCUAUACCAGAUGAUAUCAAGAUUGAUGUUUACCUAUCAGAUGGCAAGUCAUCAGAGGGUCAAGUGUUCACAUAUGAUUUUCACUACAAUAUUGCCACUAUUAAGAUUAAAACAGAUCUAGCUUUUCCAUCUGCAACCCUCAGGUUUUUGGAUGAUUCCAUCUCGGUAGAUCCAAGUGCCAUUUCAGAAUCUUCUCAGCUCCGUCGUCACUCAGAUUUAUUUAAGCUUUGUCCUGGUGACAUGGUUGUUGCCGUUGGGCGUUACUUUGAUCAGCCCUAUGAACUUAUGGCUGCUCCGGGUAAAUUUAGUCUUGAUGUCUUCAAGUUUGACUGUAAAGAGCUUUUCAGGGCAACUUGCCAAAUUUCGAAGUGUGGUAUUGGUGGACCCCUUAUCAAUCUCUAUGGAGAAGUGAUCGGAGUCAAUUUUUAUGAUCGUAUAUGUACUCCCUUUCUUCCCAUCAACAUAACUGCCAAAUGCCUAGAGCACUUCAAGAAAUAUGGGAGAUUUUGUCGACCAUGGCUUGGAAUGGAAAUGACUAAUCUUUAUGCAGAAAACCUAGGCACAUUGGAAAAAUUCUUACAAAAGUUCCCCAAUAUUUCCGAAGGUGUUCUUGUUGAAAAGGUUAUAGAAGGCUCCCCUGCUGAUUGUGGUGGAAUAUGUAGUGGUGAUGUUUUCGUUCAGUGCGGCAACAAAGACGUCCGGAGUUUUUUGGAGUUCUAUGGAAUGAUAAUGGAGAAGACAGGGGAGUCUUUGGAGUUGGUUGUGUUACGGGAAACAAAUGGUCAACGUUUGCAAACAACUGUGAAGGCUAGUGAGGCUAGCCGAGAUAAAUUUUACAGAUGGCCUCUCCCAGAAGAGUGCACGGUGCAUGUUGACAGAGUUCGGUGGUAAUGUCUUUGUGCAGGGGUAUUUAGUUAGAACUGGAAUUGUAUGAAUGUAAAUGCCCGGAGCCAUUUGAAAGUGAUUUAUUUGGAGAAUGGUCAACUUUAACUUGCUGCCUAAUCUAGGUCUGCUGUAUUUAUUGAUAUAGUCGCAAGAUAGUAUAAUUAUACUUUGUCUUGUUUUGUGUAUACUGGAUUCGUUUUCUAAUUAUGUGUCUACGUAUUUGGAUUUAGUUUUAAAAA